CUUUCGUCCAUCGCCCUCCUCAUCUCCAUCACCCGUGCUGCACAAAUGGCUGACAUCCCUACCUUCAAACUCGUCCUUGUCGGUGACGGUGGAACGGGCAAGACCACCUUCGUCAAGCGCCACUUGACUGGUGAAUUCGAGAAGAAGUACAUCGCUACUCUUGGUGUCGAGGUCCACCCCCUCUCUUUCCACACCAACUUUGGCACCAUUGUGUUCAACACCUGGGAUACGUACGGUCAAGAAAAGUUUGGUGGUCUCCGUGAUGGCUACUACAUUCAGGGACAGUGCGCCAUCAUCAUGUUCGAUGUCACUGCUCGUAUCACCUACAAGAACGUCCCCAACUGGCACCGUGAUCUUGUCCGUGUCUGCGAAAACAUCCCCAUUGUUCUCUGCGGCAACAAGGUCGACAUCAAGGAGCGAAAGGUCAAGGCCAAGGCCAUCACCUUCCACCGCAAGAAGAACCUCCAGUACUACGAUAUCAGUGCUAAGAGCAACUACAACUUUGAGAAGCCCUUCUUGUGGCUGGCUCGCAAGCUCGUUGGAAACCCCAACCUCGAGUUCAUUGCCGCUCCCGCUAUUGCUCCUCCGGAAGUCAUCAUCGACCCCGAGCUCCUGGCCACCUACAACCGCGAGCUCGAGGAGGCCGCUGCCGCUCCUGUCCCCGAGGGCGAUGAUGAUGACUUGUAAAUAUAUCUGAUCUAUCGUGAAACACACACUCGGUCCGUCGAGGCUCAAGCGCCCAUCAUCCGCCUCCUCCGUCCACAGCCGCCGUGGACAACCAACUGGUCCUCCCUCCGGGAUCGUCGGUCUCGUCGCAAGGAUCAGCCACAGCCGUGUGAUGCUGUAGACUAGAGCCCUCAAUUAUCCUCCACCCCUUCGAUCUGCUUUUGAUAUAUCGACCCUUCCCCCGCACGAGCUUUGCCCUUCUCUUCCCUUCUCUUCCCCGCGCAUUCCCCUUUAUUAUUGCAGUCACGGCUUCCCUCGGCCACCUUCCCGGCGGUCGAUUGAAGAAAAUACAAGCUAGCGAAUCACCCCCCUCUCCCUCAAAAUA